GUUUUAGUUCCGGGAAUCUUAUUUUUACGAUUAUUAAGACUUUAAUCUUAAUUUUCCCUGAGAUAUAGUGAAGAUAAUUCUUUAUAUGGAUUAUAUUGAACUUUGCCGUGAUACCAAUUAUGAUUUGUUGAAAGGAGAUAAACCCUAGAUCACAGAUCGGAGAGAUAUAGCAAGAUGAAUUUUCGAAUAAUAUUUUCACUUUCAGCAUCGAAGUUCAACUUCAAUGAUUUCAAGUUUAAAUUCACACUUUUUACCAUAUCGAUGAGUGCCGCCUUUACUCUUGCAAUGGGAGAUAAUAUCUGCACCUACUCUGUGAGUGAACAAACGGUGAUCCCCUAUACUGUUCUAACUGUUAAGACAGUCUCAUAUACGCCAUACUGUAGCGGCUGGGACAGAUUCUGGAAUGUUGGUGGCAAAUGUAACACUAAAUAUAGACAGCAGUAUGGCACUAGAUUACAAGAAAGACAGCAAACUGUAUAUAAAACAAAAAGCAAAUGCUGUCCAGGGUGGCAGGAAGAAGGGGAUGGACAAUGCACCAAAGCAUGUCCUCAUGGGAAAUAUGGUUCUAACUGUACACUUGAGUGUGACUGUAGUGGGAAUUCCUUAUGUCAUCAUGUCACUGGAGUGUGUCAGUGCAAGGCUGGAUGGCAAGAGCCAUACUGUAAUACAACUUGCCCCGAUGGUACAUAUGGGUUUAACUGUAGUGAUGCAUGUAUGUGUGAGAACAAUGCCAGCUGCAAACCUGAGACUGGCCACUGUUCUUGUAUGCCUGGCUGGCUGGGGCAGUUCUGCCAACAACCAUGUGGGACAGGUCACUAUGGUGAAAGCUGUCUAUCUGAAUGUAAAUGUGCCAGAAAUGGGACGGACCAUUGCGAUCCAAUAGAUGGAGCCUGUAUUUGUAAAAGAGGCUGGAACGGGAAGAUUUGCACCAUGAAAGUGGUUGCGCCUCCUGGGGAGGUAGAUGUGAACUACAAACCUGAAGUUGACCCUGGUAAAACUGACCAACAAGUGUCAGAUCCCCCUUUAGUAAGUACUAAGGCCAAGGAGAGAGAUAGUACUAUGGGACUUGCAGUAGUGGUGGUACCCUGUAUUGUCGCUGCUAUACUCAUAAUUGUGGUCAUCAUAGCUGUUGUCAUUGUGAUACGAAGGAGAAAAAAAGCAGACAGGAAACCUCUGACGCCUGUUGAUCACGAAGCAACAUUUGAGUUAACGGAAAGUCUCCAACCAAGGCAGAAUGAGGAGCCUAAUCAACAGAGGGACUCUCAUGUGUCCUGCUCUUCAUCAGUGAAAUCACCUCAUGAAGACUCCAUCAAAAGAGGCCAAAAAUCUAAGGUCUUCAAGAAGAAGUCCAGAACUAGUAAUGACAGUACAUUUGAAAAGCUUUCCCUGGUUAUGAAAAACUCACUUUAUGGUAAAUCUGGUAGGGGGUCCCCAAUAUUGAGUGCAGAGACUCCUCCUAUUACCCCUAAACAACCUUCAAAUGCUAUGAAUGCUCAACUUGAUAGUGUUUCCGAUGUUAAUGGCACUUUGAGUAUUAACUCAAGGGUAACAAAAAGGAUUCCACAAAACAGCGGCAAUUUAUAUGAAGAACCAGAAGAUGUGAAACCACAUGAUAGUGUACACUAUGCAUAUGCUGAUGUGGAGAAUAAAAUCCCAGAAGAACCACAGAAACAAACCAGGGAAAGUUUAUGUCAGUCACACAUUUAUGAUGACAUUGAAGAAGAUGAAAAACGUAAACCUAAACUUGAACCAAUUAUUAAUGAAAAUGAAUACACAGAUAUUGAAGAUAAAUAUGAAAUUCCAAAACCCAGCUUGGUUAGGGAAAACCCCGGGGAAGGUGCAAGAGAGAGUAUAGGCCCCUACAAUCAGGGACAGUAUGAGUAUGUUGGGGCCUCACCUCCUGUGUCCCCAAGGUCACCUCAUAUGUUCUCAAGGUCCCCUCCUGUGUCCCCAAGGUCACCGGGGUCAAUUUAUGACUAUGUUGGCCCAAGAGAGACAGCAGAACCACAGAGUAUUUAUAGUUUAGAAAAAGCACCCCCACCAUUACCUGAUAAACAGGACACCAAUACAUUUAAAGAUGUUGGUGAUUACUUGACUGUUAGUUCUCCAAGUUCGUCAGUGUACAUGAACGAUGAUUCAACUCCAAAGACUGGGCCUAAGUUUUCGUUCAGUCAGGAUGGGCGCUUGCCAUCCAUUUCCCCCAAUGAUACUUAUAUUCCAAUGACACCCCAAGAAGUUCAUUCUACGUGA